UGGAUUUCGCUCGUCUCUCUCUUCGAGUUGUUGCUCGCGUGAAAAUAGCUGACCGGCGGGUAGAGAAAAUGCUAAAUUAGUUUAAUAUCUAGUAUAAUAAUACACUAUACGUUAUUUAAUGUGUUUUAUGUGCAAUUUUAUUCGAAUUUAAACGCAAUUAAAAACUGACAACAACACGCUUAACCGGUUUUUUAUACAAAUUUUCCCAAUGUUUUUACGUGAAGUGAAACGUUCGGUGACAAAUGAUUAAAACAAAUUCAUCUUAACUUAUAUUUCAUUUCUACAAAUAACGUGUGAUAUUUAUAUUUGUGAUGCAGUUGGUGUGUAUUUAUUUGCUUGGCAUGAAAUAUCAAUAAAUAAAUAGAUAAAAGCCCAAGCGCAGCGCGCAAAAGUAAACAACACUUAAUACUAGCAACAACAACAAAAAAAGAGAAUACUGUCAAAUACGCCAACCAAGUAAACCCAGCCAACUAUGGUUUACUCCAUAAAGAACAGCGAAACUGGUGAGUUUGAGUAUUUCUAUACCGAUUCCGCACGCGUCAAGCAGCCCAAAUACGAUGAGGAGACCGGCGAACCCGUCCACGAUCAGAUGAAAGUGCGCUAUCGCAAGCAUGGAAAUUUUCACGUACCGAAGCAAUAUUUGCGUGGCACCAUCUGUGACGAGGUGGACACAAUGUUGGCCAACAAACAUCACGGGGACUGGAACAUGUCGGCCAAGCAUGUUAUUGGCAAUAGCGCCAUAAAGAAUGUGGACAAGCUCAAGAAAAUAACGCCCGGCUAUGAGCGGGAGGAUUACAUCCAAAUGGAUGGCGUCAGUAGCAACAUCAUACUGGGCUAUGAGCGCAACUCCUUCCUGCUCUUCCUAAUUCCCACAUUGUUCUGCUGGAACUUCUUUCUGUUGGCUCUGAUGUCCAUUUUGGAGAUCAGUCUACACAUGCUGUCCCACUAUAAGAACUCCCUGACCAUGCAGAAGAACAUCUAUUUCCGCAGCCCCCUACACGUGCUCUCCUCACAGUUCUGCGCCAUCUGUCGCAACGAGUCCGGCAGCAAAUACAAUCGCACCUUCGAAAUUCUCAACGAACAGAUGCGCCUGGCGCACCGAUCCGAUGCACUUAAGAACAUGGCCAAGGCCAUGGGCUGAGCUCCAGACACAAAAAUUACAGCAAUUACAAAAUCAGCUUUACACUUUAAUGGUAAUAAAAACGACUAUUGGUUCACGUUUAAUAAUAAUAAAUGCACAAAUACUUAUUUUCCUGAGGUA